AUGUUGCCGAGAAAAAGAAAUAUGGGGUUGAUACUGAUGAUAGUGUUGGCAUUCGCUAAAUAUUCCCAACAGUAUGGCUCUGGCGCACCACCUAUGGCGUGUCUGGACCAAACACCAAGGCACAGUGAAAUCCUAGCACAAUCAUCAGUCCCGCCUUACAGCUUGAUCACUUCUUCUCCGCAAGUUCGACAAGGUGACAUGAUCAAUGUAACCAUCGGUAGUCCAUUUGGAGCUCCGGUGCCCAUCGGGGGUUUUAUUUUGCAAGCUAGAGAAAUACAGGAUAUGGAAAAAAUUGUGGGCAAAUUCACAAAAAUUCCUGGUGCAGAUCUAGCGCAAAUAACAAGCUGUAGAGGUCAGAACGACACGGUCACUCACACUAGUCCGGAAGAGAAACAGCCUUUGACAUUUACUUGGAAGGCGCCAGAUGACUUUUUGGGGGGUAUCGCUUUUAGAGCAACAGUAGCACAAAGUUAUGCUACAUUUUGGAAAAGCGUAGAAUCGCCACUCGUAGAAGUGGUAACGCCCGAUACUGUCAUAACGACUUCGACAUCUACCGGCCCCACGUCGCGACCCACACAAGCCCCUCCUGUUAUUAUGGAGUCGAAGCCAAAACCAACAGAAGCCUCUCUCGAUCUAAUAUACCAAGGGUGCGCUGACACAAAACUAUGCUUUGGAGUUCCACAAAACUGUGUACAAAACGGCGUUUGUAAAGCCAUCGUCGCGAUAUUCGUAGUCGGUGACUCUUAUACUUUCGAAAUUCAAGGGACUGAUAACCCAAAGUACAUUGCUACUGCUCUGAGUUUAGAUAACAAAAUGGGAGACGACAGCGCAAUGGAGUGCGUAAAUGAUAAUGGUAGAAUAAAAUUAUUCACCUCCUGGACUUACCCGAAAGCCGAACCGUAUGUUAAUAGGUUCGAAUCCCCUCAGGAUAUAGUUCAAUUGUUAGAAUCUUCAGCCAUCGAUGGGAAAUUGUACUGCAAAUUUAAAAGGAACACCGUCUCCACUGUGAGAGGGCAAGUGUUCGAUUUGGCCGGCAAUAAGUAUAAUUUGAUGGUUGUGGCCGGUAAUUCUAUGAAAGAUGCAGACAGAGUCGGGUUCCACAACCUAGCGUACGAGGCGAGUAACGCGCCUCUGGCGCUGGCGUCGGUGGGCACCGCGGCCGGCGCCUCCAAGCUACUGCUGAAGCUACACGGCUCCUUCAUGAUAAUCGCCUGGCUCGGCGCGGCUUCCCUUGGUAUUAUAAUGGCCAGAUACUUCAAAAAGACGUGGGUUGGCAAAACGCUAGGCGGUAAAGAUAUAUGGUUUGCUUACCACAGGAUCCUCAUGGUGCUGACGUGGCUGCUGACCGUCGUGGGCUUCAUCCUCAUCCUCACGGAGGUGGGCGGCUGGCAGGACACCGGCGACAACCCGCACGCCAUCACCGGCAUCGUCACCAUCGUGCUCUGCUUCAUACAGCCUAUUGGUGCAUAUUUCCGACCUCACCCCGGCACUAAACACCGCCCACUCUUCAACUGGGGUCAUUGGUUUAUUGGAAACUCAGCGCAUAUUUUAGGAAUUGCAACAAUAUUCCUGGCAGUGUACCUGCAGAAGGCGGAACUCCCGUCUUGGACGGUGUUUGUUUUGGCCGCAUUCGUCGUUUUCCACGUGGUCACGCAUAUUGUUCUAUCGCUGACAGUGUGCGUAUCAGAGGGUCGUAUUAGCAAUGGGAGAGUUAACACUUUCCCCAUGAAAGACAUGCUCGGGCACCCGCGGCAGGCCUCCGCCGUCGACCGCGGCUCGGACGCGCCGUUUUCGGUGUUCAGGAAACAUCUACUCGGAGUGUACGCGCCUAUUGUCUUACUGUUCGUCAUCGCUAUGAUCUGCCUCGUGGCUUUGGCUCCUAUUGGAGACACUUACAACAACUUAAUGGGUUCU